AUGGACGGCGAUGGCGGUCCCCGCUUGCUGACGGAGGCCGGGCGCGGCGCGGGGCCCGCGGGCAUGGCGGAGUCGGCGGCGGUGCCGCGGGCGCGGGCGGCGCGGCCCGGGCCCCAGCGCUUCCUGCGGCGCAGUGUGGUGGAGUCGGACCAGGAGGAGCCGCCGGGCCUGGAGGCGGCCGAGGCGCCGAGCGCGCAGCCCCCGCAGCCGCUGCAGCGCCGGGUGCUCCUGCUCUGCAAGACCCGCCGCCUCAUCGCCGAGCGCGCCCGCGGCCGCCCCGCCGCCCCUGCAGCCCCCGCGGCCGCCGCGCCCCCCGGCGCCCCAGCCGACGCCGACCCCGACCCCGGCCCCGAGCCCGCGGGCGCGCAGCAGCUCCGCCCGGACCCCGCGCCCUCGCCCCCCGGCGACCCCCGGGAGCAGCAGGAGGCGGCGGCGGCGGCGGCGGCGGCCGCGGCGCGGGAGGACGCGGCGGCGCCCGAGGCGAGGCCCGAGCCCGGGCGCGCACGCCGGGGAGAGCCCGAGGAGGAGGAGGAUGACGAGGAUGACCUCAAGGCCGUGGCCACCUCCCUGGACGGCCGCUUCCUCAAGUUCGACAUCGAACUGGGCCGCGGCUCGUUCAAGACGGUCUACAAGGGGCUGGACACGGAGACCUGGGUGGAGGUGGCCUGGUGCGAGCUGCAGGACCGGAAGCUCACCAAGCUGGAGAGGCAGCGGUUCAAGGAGGAGGCAGAGAUGCUGAAGGGCCUGCAGCACCCCAACAUCGUGCGCUUCUAUGACUUCUGGGAGUCCAGUGCCAGGGGCAAGAGGUGCAUCGUGCUGGUGACCGAGCUGAUGACGUCAGGGACACUGAAGACGUACCUGAAGCGGUUCAAGGUGAUGAAGCCCAAGGUGUUGCGCAGCUGGUGCCGGCAGAUUCUGAAGGGGCUGCUGUUCCUGCACACCAGGACGCCCCCCAUCAUCCACCGGGACCUCAAGUGUGACAACAUCUUCAUCACGGGGCCCACUGGCUCUGUGAAGAUUGGCGACCUGGGCCUGGCCACCCUCAAGAGAGCAUCCUUUGCCAAGAGUGUGAUCGGUACACCUGAAUUCAUGGCGCCCGAGAUGUACGAGGAGCAUUACGAUGAGUCCGUGGACGUCUAUGCCUUCGGAAUGUGCAUGUUGGAGAUGGCCACCUCGGAGUACCCCUACUCAGAGUGCCAGAACGCCGCCCAGAUCUACCGGAAGGUCACCUGUGGUAUCAAGCCUGCUAGUUUUGAGAAGGUGCAUGAUCCUGAGAUCAAGGAGAUUAUUGGGGAGUGCAUCUGCAAGAACAAGGAGGAAAGGUACGAGAUCAAGGACCUGCUCAGCCACGCCUUCUUUGCGGAGGACACAGGUGUGAGGGUGGAGCUGGCAGAGGAGGACCACGGCAGGAAAUCUACCAUUGCCCUGCGGCUCUGGGUAGAGGACCCCAAGAAGCUGAAGGGGAAGCCCAAGGAUAAUGGGGCCAUCGAGUUCACCUUUGACCUGGAGAAGGAGACGCCUGACGGUGUGGCGCAGGAGAUGAUUGAAUCGGGAUUCUUUCACGAGAGCGACGUGAAGAUUGUGGCCAAGUCCAUCCGUGACCGUGUAGCAUUGAUCCAGUGGCGACGGGAGAGGAUCUGGCCGGCCCUGCAGCCAACGGAGCAGCGGGACCCAGGCAGCCCUGACAAGGCCAGGGGUCCACCUGCACCCCUGCAGGUCCAGGUGACCUACCACACGCAGGCCGGGCCGCCGGAGCCCGAGGAGCCUGAGGUGGACCAGCACCUCCUCCCCAGUGCACUGCCGGCCAGCGCCACCUCCCUGGCCUCGGACAGCACCCUCGACAGCGGACAGGGCUCCACCGUGUACUCAGACUCGCAGAGCAGCCAGCACAGUGUGGUGCUGGGCUCCUUGGCAGACGCGGCACCGGCCCCGGCCCAGUGCGUGUGCAGCACGCCCGUGAGCGUUGGUGAUGGCCCUGUCCUGCCCUACAGCCUGCCCCCUUUGGGGACCUACCAGCAGCCAGCCACGCCGGGCCUGUCUGUGGCCUCUGUCCCGGCCUCCACCCACCCUCCGCUCCCGCAGCAGCAUUUCCCGGAGCCGGCCAUAAGCUUUGCCCCCGUGCCGACCGGCCCAGGCCAGCCUGUGCCCCCUGGCCACCAGCCGCCUCCGCUGGCCCAGUCAGCGCCCCUGCCCCCUGUCCUGGCCCCGCCGCCAGUCGGCCCUCUCCAGCCGGUGCCCUCCCACCUGCCUCCCUACCUAGCUCCAACGUCCCAGGUGGUAGCCCCCGCUCAGCUGAAGCCCCUCCAGAUGCCGCCUGCACCUCUGCAGCCGCUGCCUCAAGUGCCUGCUCAGGUGCCUCCGCUCCCUGUGGGGCCCCCCAUCGCACCCCUGGCCUCCCUCGACAGCCUCCCUGCAGCUCUCCCCGACCUGCCGGCCGCUGGGGGGCCCACCGUGCCCGCCCCCUCUCAGUAUUUCUCUCCCGCCGUCAUCUUGCCAAGCCUUCCACUCAGCGCCGCCACUGCCCCCCUGCCCACGUCCCCAGCGUUGCCUCUGCAGGCAAUCAAGCUGCCCCACCCCCCUGGGGCACCGCUGGCCAUGCCAUGCCGGACCAUUGUGCCAAAUGUGGCUGCCACCGCCACUGCCAUCCCUCUGCUGGCCGUGGCCCCGCAGGGUGUGGCCGCCCUGUCCCUUCACCCGGCCGCCGUGGCCCAGCUUCCGGCCCAGCCUGUGUACCCGGCAGCCUUCCCGCAGAUGGUGCCUAGUGACGUCCCACCAUCUCCCCUCCACGUAGCGCAGAGCGUGCGGGCGGCCCCUCCACAGCCAGCGCCUUCCACGCUGCAGCAGCCCCACCAGUCAAGCGUUGCGCGUCUUCCUGAGCAGGCUGCUCCAGCGGGGGCGGGAAGCCAGAUCCUGCUUGGCCACCCACCUCCGUAUGCUGUGGAUGUCAAUGCCCAGGUCCCCACUGUGCCCGUACCUGCUGCCAUCCUCUCCCCACCUCUGCCGGAAGUGUUGCCGCCUGUGGUCCCCGAGCUGCCUCAGCUCCCCAGCUCCCUGGCCCCUGCAGUGGCCGCAGCUUCUCAGAGCUUGCCCGUCCAGACCGCCGCACUCCUGCCGCCUGCUGCCCAUGUGCCACCACCCACCGGACCUGGGAUCACCAGCCCCUGCCCGGCCGUGCAGCUAACAGUGGAGUCGGCCUCAGAGGAGCAGGCCUCCCAGGACAAGCAGCUCGGGCCCCCGCAGAGCUGCGAGAGCUACGGAGGUUCUGAUGUCCCCUCUGGAAGAGAGAUGAGUGACAGCUGCGAGGGAACGUUUGGCAGUGGGAGGCUAGAAGGCAAGGCCGCCCGGAAACAUCACCGCCGGUCCACGCGUGCCCGCUCUCGCCAGGAGAGAGCCAGCCGCCCGCGGCUCACCAUCCUGAAUGUGUGCAACACAGGCGACAAGAUGGUGGAGUGCCAGCUGGAGACACACAACCACAAGAUGGUCACGUUCAAGUUCGACCUGGACGGGGACGCGCCCGACGAGAUCGCCACCUACAUGGUGGAGCACGAUUUCAUCCUGCAGGCUGAGCGGGAGACGUUCAUUGAACAGAUGAAAGACGUCAUGGAUAAGGCAGAGGACAUGCUCAGCGAGGACACGGACAUUGACCGCGGCUCUGACCCUGGGACCAGCCCACCAUACCUCAGCACCUGCACCCUGGGCGCUGGGGAGGAGAGCCACCAGUCCCAGGCCAACGCCCCUGUGUAUCAGCAGAACGUCCUGCACACAGGCAAGAGGUGGUUCAUCAUCUGUCCGGUGGCCGAGCACCCUGCAGUGGAGGUUCCUGAGUCCUCGCCCCCACUUCCUCCAAGCUCUGUGCAGCCAGAAGCCAGCCAAGACACAGCACCCUGUAAAGAUCAGCUGCCCUUAAAGGAAAAAUCCGGCUUCCCAGCCAGUUCGCAAACUCUGAGCCAAGCAGGCCCCAGGGACACCCCUGGUGGCACAUCAGCCCCUUUGAUGCCAUCUUCCCCUCCUGUGACUGCUCUGCCCCAGGACCCGGCUGCACCAGCUGCCAGCCCCAAGCCAGACCCAGCCAUGGGGACUGCUGUGCUGGCAGGGGCCCCAGGGACCUCUCAGGGGAUGGCCAGCGAGUGUGACACCCCCCAGCUGCUGGCAGAGACUCAAGACAUCCCGCUGGCCGUGCAGCCUCUGGGUGCGGGUGGAGGGCCUUGUGUCCCACCUCUGGAGGCCCCCCAUUACCCCACGGGUUUGGGAGAGCCCACCUCAGCCAGGGAGGCCACUGCUCAGGGCACCCCCAGUGGGACCCCUCAGCCCGCCCUGGGCCAGCCCCAACCCCCGCUCCCCUCUGCAGUGGGGGCCAUGAGCUUGGCCACCCCCCAGCUCCCCAGCCCCCCACUGGGGCCCACUGGGGCCCCCCAGCCGCCCUCAGCCUUGGAGUCUGAUGGAGAGGGGCCACCGCCCAGGGUGGGCUUUGUGGAUAGUACCAUCAAGAGCCUGGACGAGAAGCUGCGAACUCUGCUCUACCAGGAACAUGUGUCCACCUCCUCAGCCUCGGCCGGGACCCCUGUGGAAGUGGGAGAUAGAGACUUGACCCUGGAGCCCCAGUCCGUGCUGGGAAAGUCAGAAACAGCCCCGGGGCCAGGGGCCGCACUGGAGCAGGCUGGGUCCUUGCCAAUGACAGCAGAGUCAUCUUUGAGCCAAGUGAUGGCGUCUGGCUUGCCCGCAGCGCCAGGUGCCCCCCAGGAUGCUGCUGCUUCUGCCUUGCCUGCACAUCCAGAGCCUACAGACCGCAGCGGGGGGGCCCCUGGGGAAGCCUCAGCCAAGCUUCUGCAGAGCUGCCUGGGGACAGGGACCAAGGAUGGCCAGGCCAGCCACCCCCAGACACGGGGCUCUCUGGCCCCUGAGUCCCCCCAGAAGCACCCAGGACAGCAGGAGGGCAGCUCGCCAGCCAAAACCGUGGGCCGGUUCUCGGUGGUCAGCACGCAGGACGAGUGGACCCUGGGCUCCCCCCACAGCCUGCGUUACUCAGCGCCGCCCGAUGUGUAUCUGGAGGAGGCCCCCCACAGCCCCGACGUGAAGCUGGCAGUCCGGCGGGCACAGACAGCCUCGUCCAUCGAGGUGGGCGUGGGCGAGCCGGUGUCCAGCGACUCUGGGGAUGAGUGUCCACGCAGGCGGCCCCCUGCACAGAAGCAUGCCUCCCUGCCUGUCAGUGGUGGUGGCGUGGCCAGCGACUUGGUGAAGAGGGCCACCGCCUUCCUGCACAGGCCCUCGCGGGCCGGCUCCCCGGGUCCCGACACACCCAGCAGGACGGCCGUGAAGGUGCCCACCAUCAGCGUGACCUCCUUCCAUUCCCAGUCAUCCUACAUCAGCAGUGACAAUGACUCAGAGAUCGAGGAUGCGGACAUCAGGAAGGAGCUGCAGAGUCUCCGGGAGAAGCACCUGAAGGAGAUCUCGGAGCUGCAGAGCCAGCAGAAGCAAGAGAUCGAGGCCCUGUACCGCCGCCUGGGCAAGCCGCUGCCCCCCAACCUAGGCCUGUUCCACACAGCCCCUCCCGCUGGCCGCAGGAGGAAGAGCAAGAGCAAGCUGAAGGCUGGCAAGCUGCUCAACCCGCUUGUGCAGCAGCUCAAGGUUGUGGCUUCCAGCACAGGUCACUUGUCAGACUGCAGCAGAGCCCCUCCUGCUAAGGACCCUGCCCACGCCGGGGCAGGGCCCGCAGCAGCUUCAGACCCGAGUGGGAAGGCAGUUCAGACUCAGCAGCCUUGCUCCGUGCGGGCCUCCCUGUCUGCAGACAUCUGCUCCGGCUUAGCCACUGAUGGAGGCGGAGCGCACGGCCCAGGCUGGACGGUUUACCACCCAACGUCUGAGAGACUGACCUAUAAGUCUAGUAGCAAACCUCGCGCUCGAUUCCUCACUGGACCCGUGUCUGUGUCCAUCUGGUCUGCCCUGAAGCGUCUCUGUCUAGGCAAAGAGCACAGCAGUCGGUCCUCCACCAGCAGCCUGGUCCCGGGCCCCGAGCCAGGCGCCCAGCCCGCCCUGCACAUCCAGGCACAGGCCAACAACAGCAACAACAAGAGGGGCACCUUCACGGAUGACCUGCAUAAGCUGGUGGACGAGUGGACAAGCAAGACGACGGGGGCUGCCCAGCUGAAGCCGUCGCUCAAUCAGCUGAAGCAAACCCAGAGGCUGCAUGGCAUGGAGGCCACGGCGGGCUGGGCCCUGGCCCCUGGGGAGGCGCGGGCUAUGAACGUCCCUCGAGCAGCAGUGGGGAUGCCGUGUCUGGCUCCAGCACCCGGCCCUCUGUGCACCGCAGCCGUUCCCGGAACCACCCCAGUCCUGCCCAUGCCAGAUUCUGAGAGUGAGAAGCCCGACUGAGCUCACGCAGGCCCACCCGACCCCGACGCCAGGCCCUGUGUCGUCACACGUGGAGAAGGCGAGUCCACGCCUCGUGUCCAGUUCACGCUGUUUUGUAACCACUUUCUAAGCAUUUUUUAUUCACAACUGGAAACACAAAUGUAAUGCAAGAAUAAAGAAUAUUUUGGG